AUGAAAGGUGGGCUUUUAGCAACAGUCGCAUUCGCGGCUACCCUGGUUACGGUGUUUGCCGUUGAUACACCAAUUCUUCCGAUCCCAACGAGAUGCCCGGAUGUAGAUUCAGAUGAUGCCACGGUACAUAUAAGACACGAAACCGAUUGCACUAAAUUUUAUAAAUGUCUGGACGGAGAAAAGAUUUUGAUGGAUUGUCCGUAUAUGAACAAAGCUAAAACACGAAGAUUACACUUCAAUGCUUUGUACCAAGUUUGCGACUUCCCAUCAAAAGCAAAUUGUACCACUGCAUCGCAAGUAAGUAAGUCAACGCCAUCGGGAACGGUUUCUUGGGAUCCAUCAUGGACUUGCUCGAAUACACCCGUGGGCACCAAUUUGCCACACGAAACGCGUUGCUACUUGUUCUACCAGUGUACAGCUAACGGAAAACAACUUCAAGAAUGUCCCGAAGGAAAAUAUUUCAACCCGUACAGUCAAGUGUGCGAUAAUUCGGACAGAUGUCCAAUCACGACUGUUUGCAAAAAUUACAAGGGUUCCGAGGGCAAAUUCUUCCCAGAUCCAGUCUCAUGCAAAAAUGUCUAUUAUUGCAAGGGCUUCAAGACCGCUGUAUACACCUGCGACGAAGAAGCAGAAUGGAGCGUACAAUUUGGCAAAUGCAUGUCAAUCAAUGAAGCUAAUUGUUCGCGAAAACUUGCCUAUUACAACCAGUAAUUAAUUCAUUCAAGAAGAUACAUUCGUCUAACUUAUACAUCUUAGUAUAAGGCAUAAUCUAUAUUUAAUAUAUUAUUCGUAAUAAUUCGCAUAACUUAUUAAAAACGUUUCGUAUUCACUUUUCCCCGAUUUAAUACAAUUAUUUUAACGCUAAACUUAUCACGCAGGGUCAAAUAACCGCGUCCUGUAAUUUGAAAAAAAAUAAAUAAAUGUGCUAAAACACGCGAAAAAUGUACAUUAUUCAUUUAUAAAUAAAAGAAAAUAUAUUACUUGCAAAUCCUAUUGGUUAAAAUCUCAUUCUAUAUUAAUUUAAUUAAGUUAUAUUUUUUUGUUAACCACUCACGGUAGGAAUAGGUAUACAUGAAGACAGGUUUAGUAUUAAUUAUAUAAUAAUUAUCGUCGCUGUCUUAAAAUCAAUUGUUAACUAUUUGAAAUUGAUUUGAAAUUUACGAUCAAACAAAGAACUAAUUUAAUUAAACGCUAAUUUAAUAAAGUUAUUCACUUUAAUAGAAGGAAAGUGGAACUGUACAAUUAAGAAAUACGGAUGAUAAUCUUAUUUUGCGAAGGUACAUGUAUUUAAAAAUCAUUACACAUUUCUAACAUUCCAAGGCAUUAGAGUGUUAAAUAACUUACAAAGUAAAGGUAUGUCAAAAGUAAAUGAUUAAAUAAAGAAAAGAUAUUAAAUGAAAUUGAUAUUAAAAUGUCCGAAGUUCUAUUAAUUCUUCAGAUACUUUUAGUAAAAUUAAAUAAUAUAUAUUUAUAACUACGACUGCACACAGAAAUAAUAAUAAUAAUCAAAAGAAAAGAAAAAUCAUGAAGAUUAAAUUAAACGUGAAACUUUUGCGAUACCUUCACUGAACGAUACCAUUAUUAUUCGCAAAGAAUGUUUGCUAAAAAAUAAAUUAUUAUAAUAAGAAUUUAAACGCUAUCAGCCCUAAAGCAUAUUUUAAUAAUUUAUGUACAGAUUCCUUAUUGUAUAGUAUAUUUUUGUUGUUUAACGCGAAUUACGUUUCUGUACAUGCGUUAUGAUUAUUAUACCCUACUGAAAGGGAAUUACGUAAGUUACGCUUAUAAUUAUCAAUAAUAUUGUGUAAUUAUUCAUUUUACAUAUUAUUUAUAUCAGUUUGUGCUAUUACCAAAAUGAUCAUAGUUCAAUAAUUCAUUAAUAAAUGUUUUAUACCAAUCCUAUGUUACGGAACUUUUACUUUCCAUUGUUUUCAAUAUUACAGGUAAAAUAAUUAUUUUCUUGUAUAUACAAUAGCAGAGCAACAAUUAACAUGAAAUUUCAAUAUCAAUUUUGGGAAUAACCGCCAAAAGUGUCUCAUCCUUAUUUCUAUUCAAAAUUAACUGGUUAUCUAAUGCAUACGUAUGUAAAUGUAAAUAUAACGAUAUAAGCAUAUAUGCACGUAAUCUCAUAUGUGUACAUAAUGUGCAGUUGGUUCCCGUUUCUCACAGUAUCAUAGAUAUCAACUGUUAAAAAAUAUUACCUCGUAUAUACAAUUUUUCUUAUGUUAAAAUAUUCCUUUCAAUCCAUAGAAGAGAUGAGACUUCUUUGAAUUGAAAUCAACAUUUAAGCAA